AUGGCCGCAGGCACGGCCAGCCUCGCGCUGGCUGCGCCGGCCAACAUCACGCGCCGCAAGCUCAAGUGGUUCGGUAUCAACGAGUCGGGCGCCGAGUUUGGCGACGGCAUCUUCCCGGGCCUGUACAACAAGGACUACAUCUGGUACAGUGAGGACUCGAUUGACACACUUAUUGACCAAGGUCUGAACAUGUUCCGCAUCAACUUCGCCAUGGAGCGCCUGACGCCAAACUCGCUCAAUGGCACCAUCGACACCAACUACAUGGGCAACCUCACCUCGAACAUCGAGUACAUCACGUCGAAAGGCGCAUGGGCGAUGAUCCAACCGCACAACUACGGCCGCUUCUACGGCGACAUCAUCACGGACGUGGCCGGUUUCCAGCAAUGGUGGACCAAGGUAGCGAAGCCAUUCGCGCAGAACAACCUCGUCGUCUUCGACACCAACAACGAGUUCCACGACAUGGACCAAGACCUCGUGGUGCAGCUCAACCAAGCCGCCAUCAAUGGCAUCCGCGCCGCCGGCGCCAAGACGCAGUACAUCACGCCGGAAGGCAACAGCUGGACCGGAGCAUGGACGUGGGUGUCGUCCGGGAAUGCGGACACGAUGGGCGCGCUCGUCGACCCCGCCCGCAACGACACCGAGAAGCUCAUCUUCCACAUGCACCAGUACCUGGACAGCGACGGCUCUGGCACCCAUGAGGACUGCGUUUCUCCAACCAUCUUUAGCGAACGUCUCCAGGAGGCGACGCAGUGGCUGCGCGACAACAAGAAGCGCGGCCUCAUUGGAGAGUAUGCGGGCGGCGCCAACGAUGUCUGUAUCCAGGCGCUCGAGGACGGCAUGAAGUAUCUGGACGACAACAACGAUGUCUGGGACGGUGCGAUUUGGUGGGCUGCGGGCCCGUGGUGGCCGGAGGACACGAUCUACGACAUGGAGCCCCCGAACGGUGUCGCUUUUACGAAGGUCUUGCCGAAACUGCUGCCGUACGCUUAG